UGCUUCUGCAUGUAGGUGGAGAUCUAUUGCCGCCUUGCUGCUCAAAGAGUAUAGAAUGUUUUCCCCGUCACACGAAGAACACAAUAAUGCAUAAUUGUUGAAGCUGCUUGCUGUUUGAGCUGAAUGCUGAAUCGAUAUAGGCUAUACAGAGCUUAAAUGCGGUAGUUAUGGCGGCUAUGCUUGGAUGCGCCGCUAUUGUUUCCUCUUUCUCUCUCUCUGUUCCCUUCUCACGCACACAUCUAUCGUCGCUUCGGAAACCCUCGUUUACUAGACCGAUCGCUCUUGUUUCAACUUCACGGACGAUUGUUUCUUCCGAUCGCUGCUCUCGCUCUCAGUUGCGGUUUCCCAAAGAGUUGAUUGAGCGCCUUCUGAAUCGCCAGGAUUUGAGUGAAGAGGAAGCCGAAGCCUCGCUCGAUUUCUUGCUCAGUAAUGGAAGUGAAGCUCUCAUCAGUGCUUUCCUUGUUCUCUUGCGAGCCAAGGGAGAAACAUUUGAAGAGAUUGUAGGAUUGGCGAGAGCAAUGCGCAAGCGGGGCUUGGUAGUUGAAGGCUUAGAAAAUGCUGUAGACAUAGUGGGAACAGGGGGUGAUGGGGCGAACACAGUGAAUAUUUCUACUGGAGCUGCCAUUCUUGCCGCAGCCUGUGGUGCUAAAGUUGCUAAGCAAGGAAACCGGUCGAGUUCUUCUGCUUGUGGAAGUGCUGAUGUUUUGGAAGCCUUGGGGGUGACUAUUGAAUUGAAACCAGAGGGAGUGAAGAAGUGUAUGGAAAAAGCAGGAAUUUGCUUUAUGAUGUCUCCUUACUACCAUCCGGCUAUGAAGAUUGUUGCACCUGUGAGAAGGAAGCUUAGAAUAAAGACCAUAUUUAACUUCCUGGGUGCUAUGCUAAAUCCAGCAAGGGUGCCUUUUGCCGUUGUUGGUGUCUACAACGAAAAUGUGGUCAGUAAGAUGGCCAAAGCCCUACAAAGAUAUGGCAUGAAGAGAGCAUUAGUAGUUCAUUCAGAGGGCUUAGAUGAAAUGAGUCCUCUAGGGCCUGGAACUGUCCUUGACAUCACACCGGAGAAGAUUGAGAAAUUUGCUUUUGAUCCGUUGGAAUUCGGUAUUCCUCGCUGUACGUUAAAGGAUCUGCAAGGAGCAGGCCCGGAAUAUAAUGCUGAUGAUUUAAAACGUGUGCUCUCUGGUGAGACUGGGCCAAUUGCAGAUGCAUUUAUCUUAAACGCUGGUGCUGCAUUACUGGUCAGUGGGCAUGUCAAAACCUUGGCAAAGGGAAUAGAACUAGCCCGAUGCACACAUCGAUCAGGGAAAGCUCUCCAUACGCUCAAGUCUUGGAUUGAUGUCUCAAAUAAUGUGAAAGAGCCUAAACAAAUGGUCGCAUAGACUGCUGAAGCAAGGAUCUGCAACAGCCACAGUUCUGGAUGUCAAGAUAUGUUAGUUCCUUUCUGCUCUUUCCAUUCCUUCUUCUUUUAACUGUUAGGAAAUUCAAGAAAACCUGUGUUAAGUUAUUAGAAGUUUCUCUUUGCUCGUACGUGGUUUAAGCAUACUGUUGACUGUGCCAAGUCUUCUUGGUAGGUCUUUAGGCAUGACUGAUGAAGGGUAGAAAAAAGAGCCCAUAUGUUUUGAAUUCCAAGUCAUUAUGACUUGCUUAAUUGCCUUCACCAACCCAUCUAGAGAACACUCUUUUCUUUCUUUUCAUGCCCUUUAAUUUAAUAUUCCUUUCUAGAUCCAUCAUAGUGCAAAGUGUUAACCUCAUUUAACAUAAGCAAGUGGUUGGAAAAAGUUGCUUGCAGCAAAUGGAUGGGUUGAGCAUGUUGAAAUGGAUCUUGGAAAAAAUUGAACUGGGUGGGACCAUCCAUUUCUACCCAUACCAAUUACCAAAUGCCCAAAUCCGACUUUACCACACCCAUGGAAAAGAGUGUUGCACUUAGGAAAA